AUGGAUCAAAGUCUCCCAAGAAUACCGAAAGAUGAAACCCAGAUUGGUGAUAUCAUGCGUCUUAUAACCAAAGACCUCAGUGAACCUUACUCGAUAUACACCUACAGAUACUUCAUACAUAACUGGCCAGAGCUUUGCCUACUGGCAUACGACACCAUGUCGGAAGCGUAUGUUGGUGCUGUUGUUUGCAAACUGGACAGAAAUGCUGAAGGACGAAGGAAAGGAUAUUUGGCAAUGUUGGCAAUUGACGAAUCCUGUAGAAGAUUAGGACUUGGAACAAGACUUGUACGACGAGCUAUUGAGCGAAUGGAAUCCCAAGGAUGCGAUGAGGUGGUUUUAGAAACGGAGGUUUCGAAUGUGAAUGCCCAACGCCUUUACAGCAAUCUAGGGUUUAUUCGCGAAAAGCGUCUUGUAAGAUACUACUUAAAUGGUGGUGACGCCUUCCGCCUAAAGCUAUACUUUUCUCCACCCAUGGCUGUCGCUAGGAAAGCUUCAUAUGUGUAA